CCGGCCGCGCCACAUUUCCCUUGUAUCCACCACUGUCACCGGGUCCUGUUCGCCACCCGUCGUGUCCCCAGAGUGUCCCCAGAGUGUCCCCAACAGCCAUGGAGUCCUGCGAGGUGCUGGAGGCGCAGGUGGCCGUGGUGGCCACCCUGGGUGAGCUGGUGGCCACCAUGACCGCGCCAUGCAGAAUCAAGCGGCUGUUCAUGUACCCAGCGUCCCUGCACGAUGACCUGAGGAGAUUCACCUGGACCCUCCGGGACACCCUGCGCCACCCAGAUUUCACCUGCCUGGGCUUCUGCGAUGUCACCUCCGUGUACCAGCCUGAUGUCACCGAGCUGGGCAGAGCUCUGGCUGCCCUCAGGGACACCCGAUGGGGCACCUUGGUCCACGUGAGAGCUGCAGCCAGAGCCUUGCGGGAGUCGGUGGAUGAGCUCGUGAAGAGCUGGUUCCGGGUGGCCGAGGAGGCCCUGGAGCUCCGCGAUACCUGGGAGAAGACAACCACUGAUGAGGGCACCAAUGAGGACACUGACGAGGACACCAGUGAGGACAGCAGCACUGCCCAGGCUGGUGACCUGCGGGGUGCGACCACUGGCUGGGGGACAGCUGGGGACAACCUGGUGGCUGCAGCCCAGCAGCUGCUGGUGUCCCUGCCCUCGGUGGUGGCUGCACACAAGGCCCCGAUGGCAGCAGCCACCAAGGCCAUGGAGGAGGCCAUGGUGGCCAUCAGCCAGGUGGGGACGGCCACCAGGAGACUGCGAGUGGAGAAGGUCCAGGGCCUGCUGGAGCACUUGGUGGCCGCAUGUGACAGAGCCACCAUGUUCCCCCGGGGGCUGCAGCGCUGACUCGGGGACAUUGAGGCCACCCUGAAGGUGACAAAGGAGGCAUCCCACGAUGUCUCCGAGGCCUUGGUGGCCGCGGUGGCCGAGGCUGAGCGGCUGUGGGAGGCCAGCGCCCGCCUGACUGUGCAUCACCUGCUGGGGA